AUGCUGCUGGCAGCCGCCGGCACCCUCCAUGACCACGGUGUCGACUUUGGGGUGGCCCCCCCUGGCGAUGCGCUGAUAGCACAGUACUUCAACGUCACAGAGGGUCCGGUGAUAUUCGCUGCCUACCCAGACCCGAGGGCGCCCUCUGCGGCCCCCAUCCGCGAGCAGUACCGGGGCCCCUUCUCGUACCUGGCCCUCACCACCUGGGUCGUCAGCCUGACGGCCCGCUUCUCCACCGUGCCGGACGACUUGUGGGCGCAUGGCGUGUACGCCACCCUGGCGCCGAGGCUUGGAGGAAAGCAGGACUGGGAGGAUGCCUGUGCUCCGGGCCCGUGCGCGCUUGCCGUGCUUCCAGGCGGGCCCGCGUACGCUGAGUCAGUGCGCGCGCUGCGCGCGAUGCGGCAGGCGGCGGCGCAGGAGCUGGGCCGCGCCACCCGCUCCGCACGCUACGCCUGGCUGGACGCCGGGCGCCACCCCCGCCUCGCUGCUUCCCUCCUUUCUGAGCGGCAAGGUGAGGACGCGGCGCCCGCGUUGAUCGUGCUGGACCUCCAGCGGCGGCGCCGUGCCACGGUUGUGCCCUGGGACUGGACGACGGGGGCGGUCCUGGACUGUGUGGACGACUUCCUGGCCGGCAAGGGCGUGGAGGAGGGCAUCGAGGUGAGGGCGAUGCACAGGCUGGGAUCUUGA